ACGGUUGAGGAAAUGCGUCAUCCCGUCGUCGUCGACGUCCACGCCGGGGUACGUGGCUCUUUCCUGGUUGUUGUGCCCAGCCUCGGCUCCCCUCCUCGGCGGCUCCGGGCUCCUCCACUCACCGGAGACAACCUGUGCCAAAAACAAAAUUAAAACAAAAAACAAAAUCUGUGUUAGCAAAAACAAAAGAGCCGAGCGUGUUCUCGUUGUGUUUGUUUUAAAAACAGGUUGAACCAGCCAUGGAGACUUAUGGCAACUCCCAUAAGAAACAGAAGCUAAGCAACGCUGCUGAGAGCUGGGGAAUGCAGCGUGCAACCAAUGUCACCUAUCAGGCUCAUCAUGUCAGCCGAAACAAGCGCGGGCAGGUUGUGGGCACAAGAGGAGGCUUCAGGGGAUGCACCGUUUGGCUGAGUGGUUUGUCCGGUGCAGGGAAAACCACAGUGAGCAUGGCUCUGGAAGAGUACCUGGUGUGUCAUGGUAUCCCCUGCUACACACUGGAUGGGGACAACAUCCGUCAGGGGCUGAAUAAAAACCUAGGCUUCAGCCCAGAGGACCGUGAAGAGAACAUCAGACGUAUUGCUGAGGUGGCCCGGCUUUUUGCUGAUGCUGGGUUGGUCUGCAUUGCCAGCUUCAUCUCUCCCUACAGCAGGGAUCGCCUCAAUGCCAGGAAGAUCCACGAGGCUGCAGGGCUGCCUUUCUUUGAGGUGUUUGUAGACGCUCCGCUGGAUGUCUGUGAGCAGAGGGACGUGAAGGGGCUGUACAAGAGAGCUCGAGCGGGGGAGAUAAGAGGUUUCACUGGAAUUGACUCAGAGUACGAGAAGCCAGAGGCUCCAGAGCUGGUGCUGAAGACCGACUCCUGCAGUGUGAAUGAGUGCAUACAACAGCUUGUUGACCUACUUCAGGAGAGGGAUAUAGUUCCUGUUGAUGCAUCUUAUGAAGUGAAAGAGCUGUACGUUCAGGAGAAUAAGCUGGACCUGGCUAAGGCGGAUGCAGAGACUCUGCCUGCUGUCCAGAUCGGGAAGGUGGACAUGCAGUGGGUGCAGGUGCUGGCCGAAGGCUGGGCCACUCCUCUGAAUGGCUUCAUGAGAGAGAGAGAGUAUUUGCAGUGUCUUCAUUUUGACUGUUUGCUGGACGGUGGCGUUAUCAACCUGUCAGUGCCUGUGGUGCUGCCGGUGUCUACUGCUGAUAAAGAGCGUUUAGAUGGUGUGACAGCCAUGGCCUUGGUUUACGAGGGCAGACGAGUGGCCAUCCUACGCAACCCUGAGUUUUAUGAACACCGCAAAGAAGAGAGAUGUGCUCGCCAGUGGGGAACCACCUGCAAGGACCACCCCUACAUCAAGAUGGUGAUGGAAAGUGGGGACUGGCUGGUCGGGGGAGACCUGCAGGUUCUGGACAGGAUCUGCUGGAACGACGGACUGGAUCAGUAUCGACUGACACCCACUGAGCUCAAACAGAAGUUUAAAGAAAUGAAUGCAGACGCUGUGUUCGCCUUCCAGCUCCGCAACCCAGUCCACAACGGCCAUGCUCUCCUGAUGCAGGACACCCACAAGCGUCUCAUCGAGCGAGGCUACCGCCGCCCAGUCUUGCUGCUCCACCCACUGGGAGGUUGGACCAAGGACGAUGACGUGCCGUUGCCUUGGCGAAUGAAGCAGCAUGCCGCCGUGCUGGAGGAGGGCGUACUGAAUCCAGACACUACCAUCGUAGCUAUCUUUCCUUCACCCAUGAUGUACGCCGGGCCAACUGAGGUUCAGUGGCAUUGCAGAGCUCGAAUGGUGGCCGGCGCCAACUUCUACAUCGUAGGCCGUGACCCUGCAGGCAUGCCCCACCCUGACACUGGAAAGGACCUGUACGAGCCCACUCAUGGGGCCAAGGUCCUCACCAUGGCUCCAGGCCUCAUCACCCUUGAAAUUGUACCCUUUAAAGUCGCUGCUUACAACAAGGUCAAAAGAGCAAUGGACUUUUACGAUCCCAAAAACCAUCAAGACUAUGAUUUCAUCUCAGGCACACGCAUGCGGAAGAUGGCUCGCGAGGGAGAGAAUCCUCCUGACGGCUUCAUGGCGCCGAAGGCCUGGGCUGUGCUGAAAGAAUACUAUAAGUCACUGGAGAAGGCCUAAAGGUCGAGUCUUAGAUGAAAGAAGCGAAACCAUGGAAACACAUUGGUUGCUACUGGUGUUUUAAGAUGACAAAUGUGGGGACCACUCAUCUACUAUCAAAAACCACGCUCUGGCUUCUGUAUGCGUCACUCAUACACUCUCUGUCUCAGUUGUUUUUAGCCUCAUCAUGUUUGUGUUUUUAACUGUACGUACUUCACUUCGCUCUGACGUCUGUGAAAUAUAGUUGGAGAGGUCAGAGGUGAGAGAAAAACAAAAAAAGAUCAAAGUAUGUUUGUGUUUCUCACUAACUUUAUAACUGUAUUCUGAUGACUGGUUACAAAAAUACUGUGUAAAAAAGAUUCAUAGUGACCUGUAUGGAAAGUACUGUUGACCAGUGCUUGAAUAGGCGCGGAUGAAUGUUGAGUAUUCGUGAUGUCCAAGUUUAAAAAAAAAAAAGGUUAUUGCACCUGCUCGAGUUCGUUUAACUCACUACUGAAACCCAAACAAGUUGCUUUGUACUGUAUGUUUGCAAGUGGCAGCGGUAAUUGCUCAGAAUUUGGUGUACACAAGUAUUUGAUGUAAAAGUUGAGUGCCUUGGUCUUCAGGAAAGUGGAUUCAUAUGAUCAUGGUCUUGUUUGAAUUAGGACACAUACACACACCUGCUUCUCGUCCCACUUGUCUUAAUGUUACACUGUUACUCUGUCUAGUUUUUCAAGAAACCGUCUGCAAUACAGAUUAGUAUUAAAGAUGUUUUUUUAUUGGGAUAUGCAACCCUAACCUUCCUAACCUCCAAGGAAAAACUUUUCUUUUUAUCAUAUUUAGUCUAUUUAUUGUCUUCUAACUUUUCUCUUAUUUUUUUUUAAAACUGUUGUGCACGUAGUUUUGGUGCUUGUCUCUGAGUCUUGAUAUUUUGUUACGUUUUCAUCAUUUGUAUAAUUUUUUUUCCCCCUUUCCCCCUCAUGGGUUGCUAAUAUUUUCCAUGUGGUAAUUCAUUUUUAAGAGUUGGCCUGUAUAAACAGAUGGCUGAUGGUUACCAUCAAGGGAUCAGAUUUGUAAUCUUCCUUGUCCAAUAAACCAUUUUUAGCGAAAAGAA